CUCUCUCUCUCAUCAAGAUAUUUAGCCAGCAAUCUUUUGUUGCAGUCUGAAAGUGCUUUGCCUAGGAAAUGCAACUGUGGUCAACUUCUCACCCCUGAGCAGUGUAUCUAAUUUAAUUUAGUGGAACUCCCAAACGGCUGGGAGAAGCUGCCCGAAUUAGGAGUGCAUGCAUUUCCAUUUUCUCGCCCCUUACCAGUGUAUCUAAACUUGGUCUGUGGAACUUCGUCCAGACCACCAGGAUCAUCUGCUCUUGAUCCAUCCAACGGUCCAGAGCUUAUGCCGAUUACAACCUUCCCACCACUCCUCUCUCUUUUAAGCCUUCCCUUGCCACCUCUCUCCUCAAGAGAAAUAGCACUUCUCUCUCGCUCUCUCGCUCUGCUCUUUGUGCUUCUGACAAUGGAGGUUGAGAAUGGCGUCGGCAACGGCCCGUGCAUCAAGGCGGACCCCCUGAACUGGGGAGCCGCGGCCGAGGCGAUGACCCGGAGCCAUCUCGAUGACGUCAAGAGGAUGGUGGAAGAGUUCAGGCAGCCGCUGGUGAGACUCGAGGGCGCGACGCUCAACAUCUCCCAGGUGGCGGCUGUCGCGAUGGCGGCGCACUCGAGUGCGGUGAGGGUGGAGCUGUCGGAGUCUGCGAGGGACAGGGUGAGCGCCAGCAGCGAGUGGGUGAUGGACAGCAUGACCAAGGGCACCGAUAGCUAUGGAGUCACCACCGGGUUCGGUGCCACCUGCCACAGGAGGACCAGGGAAGGAGGAGCCCUCCAAAGGGAGCUCAUCAGGUUCCUCAAUGCCGGAAUAUUCGGCUCCGGGUGGGAGUCCGGCCACACGCUGCCGCCCUCCGCAGCCAGGGCGGCCAUGCUCGUCCGCAUCAACACCCUCCUCCAGGGCUACUCCGGCAUCCGGUUCGAGAUCCUCGAGGCCAUGGCCAGCCUCCUCAACUCCGGCAUCACCCCCUGCAUUCCCCUCCGCGGCACCAUCACCGCCUCCGGCGACCUCCUUCCCUUGUCUUACAUCGCCGCCUUGCUCACCGGCCGCCCCAACGCCAAGGCCUUCUGCCCCGGCGGGGAGACCGUCGACGCCGCGGAGGCCUUCCGCCGCGCCGGCAUCCCCCGGGGGUUCUUCGAGCUGCAGCCCAAAGAAGGCCUCGCGCUCGUCAAUGGCACCGCCGUCGGCUCCGGCCUCGCCUCGGUCGUCCUGUACGAGGCCAACGUCCUCGCCGUCCUGGCCGAGGUCCUGUCGGCCAUCUUUUGCGAGGUGAUGCAGGGUAAGCCGGAGUUCACUGACCACCUCACCCACAAGCUGAGGCACCACCCGGGCCAGAUCGAGGCCGCCGCCAUCAUGGAGCACAUCCUCGACGGCAGCUCCUACAUGAAGAUGGCCAAGAACCUCCACGAGCAAGACCCCCUGCAGAAGCCGAAGCAGGACCGCUACGCCCUCCGCACCUCCCCGCAGUGGCUCGGGCCUCAGAUCGAAGUCAUCCGCUCGGCCACCAAGUCCAUCGAGAGGGAAAUCAACUCCGUCAACGACAACCCCCUGAUCGACGUCUCCAGGAACAAGGCCCUCCAUGGCGGCAACUUCCAGGGCACGCCCAUCGGUGUCUCCAUGGACAACGCCCGCUUGGCCCUCGCCACUAUCGGGAAGCUCCUGUUCGCGCAGUUCUCCGAGCUCGACAAUGACUUGUACAACAACGGCCUGCCGUCGAACCUCUCCGGCGGGCGAAACCCGAGCUUGGACUACGGCUUCAAGGGCGCCGAGAUCGCCAUGGCGGCCUACUGCUCCGAGCUCCAGUUCCUCGCCAACCCGGUGACCAACCACGUCCAGAGCGCGGAGCAGCACAACCAGGACGUCAACUCCUUGGGGUUGAUCUCUUCGAGGAAGACGGCGGAGGCGGUCGACAUCCUGAAGCUCAUGUCCGCCACCUACUUGGUCGCGCUCUGCCAAGCCAUCGAUCUGAGGCACUUGGAGGAGAACCUCAAGAAGGCCGUCACGAACACGGUGAGCCAAGUCGCCAAGAGGGUCCUGACCACCGGCGCCGACGGCGAGCUCCAUCCCUCGAGGUUCUGCGAGAAGGACCUCAUGACGGUCGUCGACCGAGAGCACGUCUUCAGCUACAUCGACGACCCCUGCAGCUCGACCUACAGUCUGAUGCCCAAGCUGAGGAUGGUCCUCGUGGAGCAUGCUUUGAACAACGGCGAGAAGGGGAAGGACGCAGGCACCUCCAUUUUCCAAAAGAUCGCCGAGUUCGAGGCGGAGCUGAAGGCCGUCCUGCCGAAGGAGGUGGAGGCAGCGAGGGCCGCGGUUGAGAACGGUAGUGCGGCCAUCGCCAACACGAUCAGGGAGUGCAGGUCCUACCCGUUGUAUCGGUUUGUGAGGGAGGAGCUCGGGACUGCAUACCUGACGGGCGAGAAGGUGCGGUCGCCGGGCGAGGAGUUCGACAAGGUGUUUGCGGCCAUCAACAGAGGGCAGCUGAUCGAUCCUCUUCUCGAGUGCUUGAAGGAAUGGAAUGGCGCUCCACUUCCCAUUUGCUGAAAGGGAAGCAGGUUUCGGCAGGGCGAGUGCUUGUGUGUUUCCAGUGACCCAAAGCGCUGCAAUAAUUGGCGAUUUGUGCUUCUUCUAAUCUAUACUGCUGUUUAAA